CAGCACUUCUCCGUCUGUAUCAUCCUGCGCGCACUGGAGAGACAUGUCAUCACUAUGAGUACCACCACUAAGCGCCCACGACAACGGCAAGCAGGGCCUCGCUCUGCCUCCCCGCCGCCGCCCUCAUCAAAGCGACUGAAGGCCUCUCACAAUGUCGCCUCACCUGGACUCGCAUUUUUGGUCGAUGAGCAGACGAGGCCGGGUAAAAAGCUGGACGCCAAAUUGACCAAUGGCGUGCCGAGGUCAGGAGCCAACAGAGUGGACGAAUCUCAUGCCCUCGCUGCGGGAGAGAGCACCGAGGGCGUGGAGGACGAGCAGCAGCACAAGCAGAGUGAAGUAAUCAGCAUUUCCAGCGCAGACGAAUCGAGCGACUUGGAGGAUGAGGAGGAGCAGGAAGUAGACGCUGCUCCGCAAGAUGGAGCACUCACCAAUGGCCAUGCGGAUGACGAGCAGGCUGCCGCUGGGGACGAAGACAUGGACAUGGCCGACGCGGAACCCACAGAUGAAACCACAUUUGGUGACAUGCUGCAGGCACGACACCCGAUACCAAUCGACGUUCAAAAGUCACUGCAAUUGAAUCACGGCCCUUCUGGAAGUCUCGUGCCCACGGAUGGAAGGCAAUUAAUACAACCACCCACUGCCGGCUCUCUGGGCACAGUUUUGACACAGGCACUGAAGACCAAUGACAAAGAUUUGCUCGAAAGCUGUUUUGCUAUGCCUGAUGUAAGCGCCAUCCGUGCCACCAUCCAACGCCAGCAGUCGCCUCAAAUCGCCACCCUUCUACAGCGCAUCGCAGAGCGGAUACACAAGAGACCGGGACGCGCGGGAAGACUCAUGAUCUGGAUACAGUGGUCUCUGGUGACACAUGGAGGCUACCUCGCAAACCAGCCGGAGCUCAUGAAGAAGUUGAAAGCAUUGGCUCAGGUCACCCGUGAGCGCGCAAACGGUCUGCAGCCACUUCUGCAUCUCAAAGGGAAACUCGAUCUGCUCAGUGCACAGCUCGAAGCGAGAAGGAACAUGCAAGCACAGUCUCGUGCUGUCAAUGCAGACGAUAUGGAUGACGAGCAGGGCGUGCUCUACAUCGAUGGGCAAAACACUGCCUGGUCCAGUGAUGACGAGGAUGAAGCGGGAGAUUUGGUGGGCAAGACGACUAAACGUCUGCCGGGAGCAAACCACGACACCGUAUCAGGUGAUUCGGAUCUGCCCAAUGGGUUCAUCAACGGCGUGGAAGACGACACGUCCGCCGACGAAGACGAAGAGCGACAUGGCGGUCUUGUCGACGACGAGGCCGAGGAAGGCACGAGCGACGAGGAAGAUUCGGACGAGGAAGCACCUAGCGUUGCCUCUUCGGAUGACGAUGACGAAGACAGUUCCGAAGGCGAUGAGAGCGAGGUCGAGGCUGUCCGGCCGAAAAAUCUGAACCGCAAAAGAUGAAGACGUCAUCACGGGCGGUAUCUGUCAUUUCUCUCCGGGCGUUUCAUGAUGGUAUUGGGGAACAACUACAAACUACUGUGCAUGCAUUAAGCUGAGGAGAAGACGAGGGAGGCAGAGGACUGUACAGCUCGUUUUGUAUAGGAUGCCCAAACACUGAGAUAUACUCACUACGUCUUUUGGAAAGCAUAGCGAGGCGCACAUAGGAAGAAGGGAUCAAUCCAAUGUUGCUCUCGAUGCCCAGAUUCACACUUUCAUGCCGUAGCAGAGUGAAUAUCUUGCUGAUGAAGACAAAAUAGAAU